GCUGCGGCGGAAGUGUGAGAGCGUGCAGAAGUGCGGCCGACGGGGUUUGGCUGGCAAUCCCACCCAAGAAGGCAAGCUUUCUGAUCUUAUUUCUCGCCUUUCCUUCCUGUUUCUUUGCUACUACGACCUCCUCAUGUCUGGUCCGUCCGUCAAGAGGUAAUCAACGAUGGGAAAACUGGGGCGGCUGUCCUAAUUGUGCCCUGCGAAAUGACGAUUUUGCCGAGGAGUUCAAGUUUGGCGGCUGAACCGAGACCAGUCAACUUCGUUAGUGGUGGCGAUAACGACAAUGACAGGAGCAGGAAUGGUGACCAUGCCCGAGAAAUCAGUGACUCUAGCAGCUAUCGAUUUGUAUGAUAACAGCUGGACAAUGUGUUGAUGUUGGAUGGUAUAAUGCUGCCGCCGAUACUGAUAAAGGACCUGCCCGCUGCAGUUGAUAUUCUUGCAGAGGGGAGCGCGCGAUAGGCUCGGGAAGGAGAGGAGGAGGAUCAGGACGGCGACGGCGACGGCCGCUAACGCUGCUCAGAGACGACUCGGAGCAGCAGGCUGGGCUAACGUCGUACCCGCUCUGUGUCUGUAUGCGUGUCAGAAAGCGAUGGAGCUUCAGACCUCAAAACUGGCCCCAAGUAUUUGGUACCGUUGUGGAAGGGUUUCGGGUGGAACCAGUAAUGCUAGUAGAGGAAUUGACUUCGUGAGAGAAUGGUGUUCAAAUUAUUGGAGGAAAGAUGAGAGCCUCGCAGGAGAUGUGCAGCAGAGAAAAGGGACUGAUCGAGGAUGGGUUGGACGAACCGAGCUGCAGCCGCUCGCUCGUUCAGCUUUGGUGGACACCCGGACGACACCAGACAGUCGCAGCGGGAGACUCGUAGUGGACGCUCGCCGGAAACGGGGUUUAGCAGGUCUUGGUGGGUGUCAGUGUCGUGGUCGUCGUCGAAUCGGUCAAGCCGGAAGCACGAUUAAUUGAUGAGUUGCAGUGCCCGUCGUGGUGCUGAGAGAUCUCAGAGGCGCAUCAAUAUGCCUGUCAGAUGUGUUCGCUGAUAGCCUGUCGACCGGUGGGCCAACGAAUCGCCCACUGAUGAUCGCCACGCUUCCUGCUGAUGAUGAACAAUACUUGCAGCGGCAGCAAGAUAUGGUUUGAGCCGAGACUAGGACACUGGCAGCACCCCAAAAAGUGAAAUACGAUCACAGGCAGUAGUAGUGGUGGUGGUGGUGCACUGCAGUGGUGGAGGCAACUCAAUUGACAGGGAACCGGGGAGUAAGUAACCCUGGCCUUCAAGUUUCUAGGUGCUAUGCAUCGUACUAUUUAUUCAGCGGCGAGGAAUGCUAUACAACUAC